AAUUGUCAUCAUUAUGAAUAUCACAACUCAUCGUGAAGAUGUACGGCAAGACACAGGAGCAAAACAUGGAGUUUGAGGCCAUUUAUGAAAGGGACGAAGACACUUCUGCACCUCGAACACGGAGUUACAUCCCGGCUAAAGGAAAAGCUCUACAGUGCAGAGGAAGAAGAUGUUUGGUGUUGAUCACAGUGAGUCUCGGGCUCAUUUGUGUUCUUCUGCUGAUCUUCAUCAUACUGCAGCACAACGCCGUCACAGCAGACAGAGACCUGAUAAAGAGUUACAAGAACACAGCUGAAGAGUUCAAUCAAAGCAUCAACAGCUUACAGGACAAGUACACUGAUCUAAUGACUGAGAAACACCAGCUGCAGAACAACUUCAGCUCUUUGAGUCAGAAGAAACUGGAGCUGGAGACCAAAUUCAAUGAUCUCUCUGUUGAGAAAAGCCAAUUACAGAGGGAUUUUGACUCUUUGGUUCAGAGGAUUCCAGAUUUUGCAUACAAAGUCAAGAGCGAUGAACUGAAUAAGAACGUUUCUAAAGGAGGAAAUCAAUGUAGUCUAGAUGGCUUCUUCAUUUCCAAAAAGGCGAUGAGCUGGUCUGCCAGCAGGCAGUACUGCAGGGAUCGUGGCGGGGAUUUGGUCAUUAUCAACAGUGUAGAGAAGCAGAGGCUCAUGUCUUCACUUGUCAGACUCAGCGAGAGAUCGUGGAUUGGUUUGUCUGACAUAGUGAACGAGGGCAAUUUGACAUGGGUGGAUAAUUCACCACUGAAUAGGGGGUUUUGGUUUGAAGGUGAGCCGAAUGACGAAGAUGGAAAUGAGGACUGUGUUGAAAUUAUGGGUUUAUCUUCCAUCCUGAACAACUGGAAUGAUCUUCCAUGUGCAUCGAAGAGAAAAGCGAUUUGUGAGAAAUAAGGUUCAUCCUUUCUUGCUUUGGAUUUACUUGUAUGAUCUUAUGGAUUGCAAAAUUUCUGUGAAAUAUACAAAAUUAGCAGCUGAUAUUGAGAUGAUCACUAUUCCCUCAGCUAUAGCAAACAAAUAAAAUAUCUUGUUUCUUAUGAUGUGAUUAUGGUGACGGAACAGCAAUCCUCUGAUUUGUUCAUGUUUUGCUCCAUCAUCACAAGCAGCUCUUUAUUAACAUGAUCUUAUUCUACUGUUAUCAUGUGUCUCGUUUGUCGGUCUGAAGUGAUGAGGUGACAAUCACAGUGAAUUACAGAAGAAACUUUUUUCUGAAUCUGCUUCUUCUUUGAAUAAAGAAAAUAUCCAUUUAUG